AGCCAUGUCGAUAUCAAUGCCGCCUUCGCGAAUCUAUCUCUGCGCAGCACGCCUGGAGAGCCCGACGAGGAUACCUGUCUGGCCCACCUGAAGUUGUUGUUCGCCAUCCAGUCCAUGAAGGACGAUGUCGGCUACACGGAUGGUCUCUGGGGUCUCUGGGACACUCUGGCCGACAACGACGAUCUCGACCUCGACGACGUACCGUCCGACGACCUCCUCCCAGGCGCACCUACUACGAGCAAGAAGGACGCAGACCCCGACCAGCAGAGGAAAGUCAGGCUGAGCAAACUUCGCGAAAAGCGGUGGGCCCUCUUCGUCGCCCGGGCUGUCGACCGGUACGAGUCCUGGUGGAAUCACCUGCCCAAGACGUUGCUGCGCGAGGAGGAUAUGUAUGAGGGCACAUCUUCAGCAUAUUCUGUAUUUGUAGAAGAGAGGAGAUAUAUUCAGUGGGCAGAGUCCAUGCUGCCCCCGCUGGAUGUCUUGAUGGUGUGGCAUGCCCAUAUGCUGAACCCGCGAGCCUACCUCGAAGACACCCUGCGCAUCGGCGUGUCCCUGUUCUGGGCCACUGGCAUGCCCUGGGGACCUGUGUCCUCCGCCAUCGAUAACGACUUCAACUAUAAUCCCUCCGACGACGCCAAGGCCUCCUUCGUUGCCAAGACGGGCCGCGCCUGGGACAACGCCGAGGACUCCCUGACAAAGAACAUCAAGUGUCCGGCCUGCCAGGCACCUCUCGAGAUCCCCUGGACCACCUGUGGCAGGGACGAGGCUGGAGGAGGACCGCCCCCCUCUGGUUUGGUCGGCAACGGCUACGGCGAUGGCGAGCUCCUCUGGUCCUGCCACCACUGCGCUGUCAAGGUUGACAAGAAGCUCUUGUCUGUGGCCAAGUUCGUCAAGGACGCCCAGUCGCUCGUGGUGAACUCUACUACCAUGCCCGGUACCGUGCUCGAGCCCACCACAGGCGUGCCCAAGCCUAUCCCCGCCGCCUUCAAGUCUGGCAGCUACCCCUGGCCGCGAACCUUUCCGAACCGCCUGAUCCGGCAAAAGCUCAUCGUCCCAAUUGCAGAGCUCAUCCGGCCAGGCAUGUCACCCAACCCCACGAUGGAGACAGUCCGGGACCUCAUCGAGCAGGUGCUCAGCGACCGCACGGCCAUUCGCCAAGUCGAGGGCGGGCAGCUCUUCAGGAGCCACGUCCUUCCCGCCACCUCGAGGAUCUGUGUGCGCAAGAUGAUGUCGCGCUACUGGGAGAACUCCAGUCCCUUCGCCCUCGACCUCGGCGGUGCCGUCAUGAGGCAGGGCAUCUUCACUGCCAAGAUGUUCCAGAUCGACUGGCUGCACAGCCCCAACGCCCGCGGCACCAUGGCCCGCCUCGUCAAUAAGUAUCACCGGUUCAUGACCCUGAUGCGUGACCACCCCAACAAGACCUGCGUCCCGACCCUCGAUAUCGACCUGGCCUGGCAUACGCACCAGCUUGCACCGUACGCCUACUACCGGUACACGAUCACGUCAACGGUCGACCACAAGUUCGUUGACCACGACGACAAGAUGGCCGAGGACAAGCUGGCGACGGGCUUCGACUGGACCACGCGGGCCUACCAGGACAAGUACGGCGAGGUCUACAGCGAGUGCACCUGCUGGUACUGCGAGACCAUCCGCUCCAGCAACACGGGCAGCGUAUCUCGGAUGCUGGGCAUGUCAACGCAGGAAAAGGUCGCGCAGAACUUUCACGACUCGGGCCGUGCCAAGCUCUGCCCGCCAGACAAGAGCGCGCACAUCUCAGCCCAUAACGCAGUCCGCCAGCAGUCGUCAGACGCCCGAGACACGGUGCGGGACUAUCUGCGAGAGCGGCAGUACCGCCAGCUCGAGCUCGACUACCAAAAGGCGUGCAAGCGUGCCCAGAAGAAGGGCAGGACGCUCCCUCCCCGUGAUGAGUAUUACAACCACUGGGGGUAUAGCUACUACAUGUACUCGCCCUUCCUGUUCCCCAUGUAUUUCACCCCAGGCCUCUACUAUGGAUGGAAUCCAGGCUUCAUUGGAGGCGGCGCGGGCGCAUGGGGAGGUUGCGCACAAGGAUCCUGCUCGGCAGGCGUGGCAGCUGGCGCAUGUGGCGGACCUGGUGGUUGC